CACAAUUCUAUUGUGAUAUCAUGAAGCUAUGGAAACAACCACAUGUAUCCAAGUCAGAUGGAUGCUAGAGACAUAAGCUGAUCGUAAAGAUGUAAGGACUCUCCGGUACUCGUUAAGAAGAUUAGGUGAGGUACCUUAGCUACUGCUCCGAUGUUCACCCGUGGCAAAGAAAAGUGGCACCACCCACCCACUUUCCAGAACAGCUUGCGCCGUCAUCCCCAUCUCCAUCCCCAUUUGCACUCUACUUACUCCACGCGACAUUCGACGCGCCAAGUGGCUAAAAACACCAUUGUCACCCUCGCAUCGAGGGUUUAACCACCAGACAUUGAUAUUUCAAAUGCCGAUAUCGCGGCCACCCCCAAGAGACACCAUGGACAAUAACGCGAGCCCGUCUCCAGAUCCUGAUGCGACAACGCGUCGCCGAUCGGGACGCGUCGUGAGGGCACCCACCAAAUUUACUCCUGAUACUGCAACUCAAUCGACAAAUCCAAAGCGCAAGCGAGACGAUCAGGACGACGAAGAAGAGGACGAAGAGGAAGAUGCGGAAAAUGAAGCGCCCGAUUCAGACGAGGAGAUGAGCAACGAGCCCGACAAUGACAGCGAUGAAGACCAUCCUGCACCGCGCUCUAGAAAGAAGUCGUCGCAAACAAGUCGCGCAAAGAAGCCUUCAGCCAAAAAGCCCAAGAUCAACGGUUCCAAGCCUUUGCGGCCUGCGCGAGUGACCCAUGCAGCCAAAAGUCUCCCGAGCAGACCUAAGAAGAGUGUUCGCAUUGAAGACGCUGCUGUGAAAGGGCAUGGGCUCUACUGUAGGCUCAAUUUUCUCUUCCUGCGUGCUUUCCUACAUGCUGACACUACGAAGCCCAUCUGUUCGGAUCGGGUGAUUCUAGCAAAUCGGUGGCAGAAGAAUGGCUGGCUAGUUACAAGACAAACGCAGUAGCAGCCACUGCUGAUUUGGUGAACUGCAUCCUUCAAUGCGCUGGCUGUGAUCAACUCAUCACAGAAGACGAUGUUUUAGACUUGGACAACGUUGCAGGACGACUGGCAGAUCUUCAGAGCAUUUACCAAGAGCAACAAAUUACCGACUAUCCUCUCAUCUCCAGAACCAAACAUUCACGAUCCUUCCGAGACGUACUCAUUUCCUUCUUCGAAUGCCUCAUCGUUGAUGUGCACCAAGGUCGUCUCAUGUACAGAGACGAAACAUUUCUUGACAACCUGCAUACAUGGCUUGCUAGCAUGUCCUCAUCAUCACUCCGACCCUUCCGCCAUACCGCAACCACUAUAUCUUUGGCAGUCCAAAGUGCGCUAGUCACAGUAGCCAACGACCUUGACUACAGACUCAAGAAGAGUACAGAAAAGCGUGACAAGGAACAGACCAACAAAGAUCGCAAAGCUUGCGCUGAUGCCAUUCAGUCGUUUUUCGACACUGUUUUUGUGCAUCGUUACCGAGAUGUCGAUCCCAAGAUUCGAACUGAGUGUGUGGAAGCACUCGGGAACUGGAUCAUUUCCCUGCCUGUCAUCUUCCUUGAGCCGGGCUACCUCCGGUAUCUUGGCUGGAUGCUGUCAGAUACCAAUGCACCCACUCGUCUCGAGGUCUUAAAGCAGCUUACCAAAGUCUUUCGGAGAGACGCCGGGCAGCUGGGCCACUUUAUUGACAGAUUUCGCCCGCGAUUAGUUGAAAUGGCCUGCAAAGAUUCCGAUGUCGCCGUUCGCGUCGCAGCAAUUGGCGUUAUUGACGUCCUCCGCGACCAAGACCUUUUAGAAGGCGAAGAGGUGGACGCUAUUGGGAAGCUCAUAUUUGACAAUGAACUCAGAAUUCGAAAGGCGGUUGUUGGGUUCUUCGUCGCAUGCACUAAGGACGCUAUCAGUGAAAAGACGAAGGACCUGCGUGAUUCUGAAGCUACGGAGGACAUACCCCGCGGGAAGAAGGCUUCUGUUGACGCCCCCCGUAUGGAAUGGAUUGAUCUAAAGUGCCUUGCCGAAACCCUUGCUAUCUAUGACAAUCAGAUCGAGGAGGAGCACCAAAGUGGUCAGAUAUUGGGAUUAGAUGUUGCGGUUGAUCUUUUGGAGUCUGCUGUUCCAGAGACCAGGAUCUCGCUGGCAGCCCAAGUUCUAUUCGAGAAGGUCAACGCGAUCAAGCAGUGGACACUCUUGGCAGGAUAUUUGCUCUUUGAUCACACAACGAGUUCAAAAUCGCGAUCCAAGGGAAACAACCCAGAUCUUGCAUUCAAGAAGGCUGUUGCACCUACUACCGAGGAAGAAUCGAUACUCCUGGAUGUAUUGAGCUCAGCAGUAAAAUCCAGCCUGACACAUGCGCCUGAACACGACAGAUCAAGAAAGAAGCCACAGACAGGCAAAGAAGCCGAGGAUGUGCGAAUAAGCCCCGAAGAUACAGCAGCCGAGCUGGUCAUUGUAAUCCCCCCUCUUCUAAGCAAGUUUGGAGCAGAACCAGACACAGCCGCGAUUGUUCUUCGCCUGGCGCAUUUUCUCGAUCUUGAAAUCUUCAAGCAACUACGUCAAAACACAAACAGAUACGAAAAGCUGCUCGACGAAAUCGUCACACAGUUUAACCGACAUGACGAUAAGAGAGUUUUGUCAGAAGCAACUGCGGCGUUGUUGCAUUCGCGACAGUAUGGAGAGUUGGAGGAAAUCACAGACAAUAAAUUGUCAUACCUGUGGGAAACUGUCAUCACUUCUCUACACAACUUUGACAAAACCUAUGAGCUUUCGUCGAGAGGUAAUCUAGGCGAGGCACCUCUCAGAGAAUUGUCAACAGUUCUUCUCAAGAUCAGCAAGCUGGCGAGCAUUUCAGACUGUAUCGAUGUCCUGGAGGCUGACGGAGACUCAUCCGAAUCAACAACAAACCCUGCCAUUCAAAUACUAGCCAAUAUUGUUCAUCGAGGCAAGUACGAGCCUCUCGAUGACCAAGACAUUGAUGAUCUCGAGGAUGAGGUGGUCUCAUUUGCGAUCAAGACCUGCCAGUUCUACUUUAUGUGGAAGACGCUGGCUUAUUCCAGGCUCCUGUCAACGACUGGCAGUAUCGCAGAUGCUGAGCUUGAUCAACUAUCGGCACUUCGCCAGACUUUCCGCCGACAUCUUAUUGAAACCCUAUCAUCACGCGCCGCCAUUGACCAGUUGAGACUAUUCGCUACUGGCAGCCUGUGUGACCUUCACCUUACCUUCGCCACCCUACGCCCAACUAUUGAUCAACUCCGGCCUUCGUCCAGCUCUGAGUCACAAUCCUCGAACGGCGAGAAAUACAAGACAUUGAUUCAAGAUAUCGAAUCCGGCCUCAUUCCUGAGUUGAUUGCUAUCUUUGACGGCACCGAAAAACAGUAUGCCAAGAAGAUAAAGAAGGACAAAACCCUAAAUGAGCCAGCUGAAGACGAAGAUCCUAUGGCUGAUGAUGAAGACGAAGAGGAUGAGGAUGAGGACGAGGGUCUUUCCGAGGAAGAGCGUUUUACUGCCGAACUCAAGGCCGAAAAAGCUUUGUGCGAACUCACCGCAAAAUAUGUCCUCGUGAUUACUGCUCGCCUGGUGGAUCAUAAGGGCUCACACGGAGGCAAGCUAAGGCGGCGUCUUCUUCGCAACCAAAAUAAACUUGGCAACAACUUCAAAGAAGUCGUUACCUACCUAGACGAAGAGAAGUUGGCCGAGCGGACAAGAAAAAAGGCCGCCCACGCACAGGCUCCAACAAGCGCCAAACCUCAGAAGGCCCAGCUUAGCGAAGCCGUUGUAAUUGGAGAGGAUGACGAGGAUGACAUCUUUGAUGACACGCCGCCACCAGAGGAGGGCUCCCGAGAAGAUCUCCGCGCAAAGGGUCUUCUUGAGGAUGAUCCAAUCGAAGACGAUGACGAAAAUGAAGAUGAAGAAGCGGAACGACCAGCUCACGAAUCAGACGAUAAUGUUAUAGGGGAUUAGACACGACGAGUUUGACCUCUCACAUGGUGGAUACAUAACUAUUGCGACCUUCGGCGGAAAUGAUAUGCGUGAUCUGUUUCCAUUUUGUGAAUAGGGUGGUAUAGUUUCGGAUGGUUCCUUUAUUUUCUUCGUUUCUGUAUGUUGUCUCUUGUCACCUUGAACUUACAUGCUGGAGUCUGGGUAUGCGGCAGAGGACCUGAAUUUAGGGCGUCAAAAGACUGCGUGUACAAACAUCUAUAGUCAUUGCAAAAUCAGAAUAACUUCGUCUCGGUCUAAUCGCUUUUAACUCCUAUCUGAGACAAAACUUGCCAGUGAACGCCGUAAGAUCAAGACCUGAACACGACUUUUUCCCUAUACGCCUGAUAAACACGGUCCAUCGUCACUGAGCUCGUCUUAAAUACCACAACCAGACCUGAUUGUCUGCUACAAACUAUUCUCCAACAAUCCUGGCGCCAAAGAGUUGGAACAUUCUCUGCCAGCGUUUCCCAUUCCCUGCAUUGGCUUGUGACGGUUCUGGCUCGGCAACUUUGAUACCGUAUUGCUUUACGCAACAUGGAAAUGCCCGGUUUGUGAGUUGCGCUUUGCCGAAAUUCUUUGGCUCGGGCUGCCGUUGAUCCUCAUCGUCGCUAUCAACUGGAGGCUUUCCCUUUCUUGCCGCUUCCUGAGCAGCGACUUUUUUCUCCUCCAGAUUUCCCCAGAGCGUAAACAUCUUGUCGCGGAGGGUUACCAGCGCCUGCUUAUCUCGUCUCAGGUUACAUGCAUCGAGUCCAGUAAGUAAUUGAGCAGAUUGGUUGUCGACUGCCACCCAAAGUCUCUGCUUCUUA